AUGGAUACGUGUAAAUUAGAAAAAUUCUAUCAAAAAGAAGAUCAAGAUCAUGAUGUAAUAAUUUUUGUUGGUGAUCCUCCAAACGUUAUUUCAUUUUCUUUGCAUUCUGAAGUGUUAAAACGUAGAUCAAAGUAUUUUCAAGUUGCUUUGUCAAGCGAGUGGGUGAGAAAACAAGAUGGCGCUCCAACUGAUGGAAAAAGUUGUUUAAAUCGUACGGUUGCUGCUGAUGAAUUAAGUCUUACUCAAUUAUCAUUACACGAACAAAACUUCUUAAUAACUAAUCGUUCCGAAUGGAUACGUAACAAUUUUAUAUUAGUUUAUAAAAUAAUAAUAACCUUACCAACUUUAGAGUUAUUAUGCGACUUUUGUCUAAAAAUGCUUUGUCAAGAGCCUUCUCUACUUUUAAACUAUAAAACCAUUCAUUUGGUUGAUGAAAAAACUUUAUCUGUAUUAUUAAAAAUGGAUGCUCUUCAAAUGGAUGAAAUUUCAAUUUGGAAAACCGUUGUUCAAUGGGGAAUUACUAAAGUACCUUAUUUGUCUGAAUCAAAUAUUGAGGAUUGGACUCAAGACGAUUGGGAACUCUUAAAAUCUAAUGGUGAUAGAGAAAAGGCGAAAGUGGCUAGACCUAAACGAAUUAAAAAUAAAUGCUUUAACAAUAAAAGAGGAAGUUUUAUGAUGACCGCCAAGAACCAUUUUACAUCACCAGGUCCAUCUUUAAAAUUUUCAAGAUUUUGUGGUCCAUGUUUUGGAAAAAGCGAUUUACAAUUGCAAAAUCGUCUUUGCUAUUGUAAACAACGUGAUUAUGAUGACAACAUUACCGAACAAUCUGGGCUUUUCGAAAUUGAUGAUUAUGAAAUCUUUU